AGAUUGCGUCCCACUUCCCAAUUUUCCCACAAAGGAUAAGGGGCCAUUAGGUUUCCAUUUUUCUGAGUUUUUUCUCUCCUAUUUUCUUCUUACUUUUCUUUUUUCCGAACCAAACGCAGAAAAUACUAUGCCAAUUGCUUCCUUAUCUCUCCCUUCCUUAGGCCAUUGCUGCCAAAAGUCUCCUCCUUUCUCCCUCAAAUCUUCUUUUCUCUCAAAACCCACAAAAACCCAGUUUUCUUUUGCCUUCAAAACCACCCAAAAAAGGUCAUUUUCCCAUGUGGUCUCAAUGAGCAUGGAAGCAGGCAUUGGAGUAAUGGGCACAAAGCUUGGCAUGAUGACUUACUUUGAAACUGAUGGCACAGUUGUUCCAGUAACUGUCGUUGGUUUUAGAGAAGGAAAUAUAGUGACCCAAGUUAAAACCUCGGCUACUGAUGGCUAUGAUGCUGUUCAAGUUGGGUAUAGGAGAGUUAGAGAUAAGAAGUUGACAAAGCCUGAGUUGGGUCAUUUGGAGAAAAGUGGUAUUAUUCCCAUGAGGCAUUUGCAAGAGUUUAGGUUGCCAACUGUGGAGGAGUUUGAGGUUGGUCAGAAGUUAGCUAUUGAAGAGAAUUUUAAGGAAGGUGAUCUUGUUGACGUCUCUGGGACUACCAUCGGGAAAGGAUUUCAAGGUGGAAUAAAGCGCCAUAAUUUUAAACGAGGUCCAAUGACCCAUGGUUCCAAGAGUCAUAGAGCGUUGGGGUCUAUUGGUGCUGGAACAACACCUGGCCGUGUAUACAAGGGGAAGAAAAUGCCUGGCAGGAUGGGAGGAUGCAAAAGAAAGAUCCGAAAGCUCAAGAUAGUGAAAAUUGACAAUGAACUUCGAGUUGUGAUGAUCAAAGGUGCUGUCCCUGGUAAGCCAGGAAAUCUGCUACGUAUAACUCCAGCUAAGAUUGUUGGAAAGAACAUACCAAAGAACUAGUUUCAUGUUCCGGUUAGUCUUGCAUCAUUGAAAAUGCUAAAUCCUGUAUAACUUUUUUGCUCUCUGUACUAGAAAUUUAGUUUUUCAGUUGUUGAAUCUUUUGGUGCAUUCUUUGGUGUAUGAUUUUAAGUAGAAAUUACCAUUUUCUGAGUUGAUUCCUGAAUUUGGGAAUGGCUUCUCAAUUUAUGAAGUUCUUAAAACUGAUCA